CUGUCAGACCGUGCCCCAUGGUAUCUCGAUUCUCGAACCCAAAAAGGAAAAGAAUUUCAGACAAAUAAUUAAAACCCUAAAAUGCCAUCCUCUCAUGAGGGUCAAAAAGCAUCCAAAACCCUCAACUACACCCCAUAUCUCUUUUCAAAAACCCUCCUCUCUCUCUCUCUCUCUCUCUUUUUCUCCCUCCCUCAGUCCCUCUCUCUACCUCCCUCUCUAUCUCUGUUCUGAACUUCGCAGAAGAAUAAAACAAAAAACGGUGCGAGUGGGAAAUGCUUAGAAGGUAUGCAGAAGCUCUCAUUGCCAUUCAAGAACCCUAGCAACAACCUGUUGUCUCUUCCUUUCAAAAACCCCGCCACCAGAACCCAACGCUUCAGAACCCCAAGAAGCCAUCUUCGCUCAAUGCCAACCCCACCAGCCACACACUCCUUGCCCAACCCCACUUCCUCCUCUGCCCUCACCGCCUCCACCAAGUCUUUCACCACCACCGCCACCGCAGCCAUAUCCUCUCGCUUCUUUGCCGCCGCAAAGCCCAGAAAUUGCUGCGUUAUAUGCCGGUGCGCAGUUGACAACAGACCGCCCUUCCGGGCCUGGUUUGUGUUCAAGGACGGGCGUGGUGGGUCCCGGGCGGCUUGGACGCACGCGGGCGCUGAUGGGUCGGAGGGUACGAUGGGUUCCGAGAAGGUCUCGGAGAGUGGCGAUGGCGAGGAAGGCGAGAAGGGGUCGGAGGAGAAGCCUUUGAGGUUGAGUGGUGGUGGUGGUGGUAGUAGUACUACUGGUAGGAGGCAGAGGGGUUCGGCGUCAUUGAUUGUUGGGAAUCCGGACUUGUUGACCAUUCCGGGCGUGGGGCCUAGGAAUUUGAGGAAGCUGGUGGAGAAGGGGAUUGGGGGACUUGCUGAGCUCAAGCAGUUGUACAAGGAUAAGUUCUUUGGCAAAUCUAGUCAGAAGAUGGUCGAGUACUUACAGAGUUCUGUGGGAAUCAUACACAGAAAUCAUGCUGAGAGUAUAACUACAUACAUCAAAGAGAGUGUUGAUGAAGAGUUGGAGGAGGACAAUUCAAACUCAGAUGUGAAGCCAGCCCAGAAGAAACGACUUACGUUCUGUGUUGAGGGAAAUAUCAGUGUUGGAAAGACAACUUUCCUUCAGAGAAUAGCUAACGAAACACUUGAGCUACGCGAUCUUGUUGAGAUUGUUCCAGAACCUAUUAACAAGUGGCAGGAUGUUGGACCUGACCACUUUAAUAUAUUGGAUGCUUUUUAUGCCGAGCCAGAAAGGUAUGCUUAUACCUUCCAGAAUUAUGUUUUUGUUACGAGGGUUAUGCAAGAGAGAGAGUCAUCCGGAGGUAUCAAGCCCCUCAGAUUGAUGGAGAGGAGUGUUUUCAGUGACAGGAUGGUCUUUGUACGAGCUGUUCAUGAAGCAAAUUGGAUGAAUGAGAUGGAGAUCAGUAUUUAUGACUCGUGGUUUGAUCCAGUGGUAUCAUGCUUGCCUGGGCUGAUUCCUGAUGGUUUUAUAUAUCUUAGAGCAAGUCCUGAUACUUGCCACCAGCGCAUGCAGCUAAGAAAAAGAACAGAGGAGGGUGGAGUCUCCCUAGAUUAUCUCCGUGGCUUACAUGAAAAGCAUGAGAACUGGCUUUUCCCAUUCCAAAGUGGAAAUCAUGGUGUAUUGUCCGUCAGUAAGCUACCUUUGCAUAUGGACAGCUCUUUACAUCCUGAUAUAAGGGACCGUGUGUUCUAUUUGGAGGGUGAUCAUAUGCAUUCAAGUAUCCAGAAGGUUCCUGCUUUAGUUCUUGACUGUGAGCCGAACAUUGAUUUCAGCAAAGACAUUGAAGCAAAGAGGCAGUAUGCACGCCAGGUUGCAGAGUUUUUUGAAUUCGUGAAGAAAAAGAAAGAAGUUCCAUCUGCGGAAGCUGGUGAAGGUGCAACAAGUAGCCAACCACAGUUGCUGAUGCCCCAUCAUAAGGGGGGUCUAUGGGUACCCGGUGGGAAGCAUUUCCCAGAGUCCGCCCUAAAGUCUUUGGAUUUCAGACGAGCCAUGUCGUCAUUCAUGUCAGGCUAGCAGCACUUUAUUCUGGUCCUUUGGUUUUUUUUUGUUAAACCCAGAAUUAUGUCAGAGGUAUCUGCUUUUAUCUGACAAUCUCUGGGUAAUGUGUUUAGGUCCUUUGUUCAUGUAAAAAUUGUUUUAACCCUUUAACCCCCUAGAGAUGUAGAAAAAGUUGUAUGGUUGUGGAAUGCUUUGCUAGUCUGCUAUUUAUCCUGUAGAAGCUUUACUUCUUUGAAUGAAGAGUUGCUUUGUUAUUUGGUUGAAA